AUGCAGGGCUUUAAUAUGGGACGGUAUGUCCCGCCAGAUCAAGAAGGUAUAGCAACCGGAAACCAAAUCGCGGGGAAGCACGCGCUCGGCGCGCGCGCGCGCCACCUCCACACAACAGGUGCACUCAUCGUGCGCUUCGAGAUGCCCUUCGCCACAUGGUGCACGAACUGCAAACCACACCCAACCAUAAUCGGUCAAGGCGUGCGCUUCAACGCAGAGAAGAAAAAAGUAGGCAACUACUACUCGACUCCGAUCUACAGCUUCCGCAUGAAACACACCGUCUGCGGCGGAACCAUCGAAAUCAAAACCGAUCCCCAGAACACAGCUUACGUUGUCACCGAAGGAGGACGGAAACGCGAUACGGGUGAAGACAAAGAGCUACAGCCUGGCGAAAUUGCUAUCAAGCCGUUUGCGCGAGAGAUCGACCCCGCGGAGAAGGAUCCGUUUUCGAAGAUUGAGGGGAAGGUAGAGGAUAAGAAUCGGGCGAAGACCGAGGCAGCUCGCAUUCUUGAGCUGCAAGAACGACAGAAACGCGAUUGGGAGGAUCCGUAUGAGAAGUCUAAGCAGCUACGGAAGAAGUUUCGGCAAGAGAGGAAGGGACUUGAGAAGGCGAAGGCCAAGGGCGAUGCUCUUAAGGACAAAAUGAGUCUUGGGAUUGAGCUCUUGGAUGAGACGGAGGGGGAUCGACAGAAAGCCAGUAUGGUGGAGUUUGGCGAGGACCCGGCUACUGUUACCUCGCAUGCUUCCCGUGUGACUCGUCUUCGGCCUAUGUUCGAGCAGCGGACGGAAACUCCUACACGAAAGACGCCUUCUUGGAUGCGGACUAGGAAGAAUGAUCUGAUUGCGAGUCGGAAAGCUGCUUUCCGCCAUGAGCUGGUUGGGAAUACUCGUGCUCUUAUCGAUCCGUUCUUGCAGGGUGCAACUGACCCGAGUACAUGGAAACGUCACGUCAAGAAGAAAACCGUCGCCUCCUCGAAAGCCGUUACCUCUUCGACUCCAUCUGUCCGUGACGAUGCCAGUGGCACAGAACUCGAUUCCUCUGCUGUGGCACCAAAACCAGCACUCGUCGGCUACUCCGACUCGGAGUGA